AUGCACAACGACCGGGGCCACCGCUACGAUGUGGCCCCCAUCCCUAGCUACGACGAGGCCAUUGCCGGUGGCGGCCCUGCCAACUGGACUCCGCCAUCCCCCGCCGACGACCGCGACCAGUCCGAGACCCAGUCCCUCCUCUUCUCACACCCCCACGAGUCUUCCUCCUUGGCGGUCGCUCUCAUCAUCGCGCGCGUCGUCGCCAUCACCAUCGUUAUGGGCUUCCUGUACAUCGUCUUUGUCAGCGACGACUUCAACACCAUGGCCCACCGCCUUGGCGCCUUCCAACGAGCCGUGAUGUCGAGACCCACCCAUCAAUCCAUGGCCAAGGUCGUCCGGUCCUGCCCGGCAUCUGCUAUCAACUCAGAUAUUCCUGAUCACGCAAUGGACAUCCGCGGCUUUUACCUAAAAACUCAGCCUCCUCCGUAUGCCGAGCUAGGGGCUUGCUCCGCCCCCGAACGUCUCGCGGGAUGUGGAAGUGGGAGGACAAUCGAUUGGUGUACAAUAUCAGGGGUUCUUGAGCUUUCCCACGGCUGUUCAAGUCUUUUUAGGCAUGGAAGUAAGAAUUGA